AUGCCGGCCCUCCUGCUCCUCGGGACCCUCCUGCUCCUGGCCUCAACCGCCGGCCAGGCCGGGGCGCGCCCGUCCAACGCCACGAGCGCAGAGCCCCCGGGCCCGCUGCCCGCGCUGCUGGCGCACCUGCGGCGCCUGACCGGGGCCUUGACGGGCGGCGGGGGCGCGGCGGGCGCGGGCGCCAAUGGCACGAAGACCGGCCCCGCGAGCGGCUCGGGCGCGGCGGCGCGGGCGCCCCCUCCGGCGGAGCUCUGCCACGGCUACUACGACGUCAUGGGCCAGUACGACGCCACCUUUAACUGCAGCACCGGCUCCUACCGCUUCUGCUGCGGCACCUGCCACUACCGCUUCUGCUGCGAGCACCGCCACAUGCGCCUGGCGCAGGCCUCCUGCUCCAACUACGACACGCCGCGCUGGGCCACCACGCCGCCGCCCAUGGCCGGGGGCGCCGGGGGCGCCGGGGGCGCGGGCGGGGGGCCCGGGCCCGGCCAGGCCGGGUGGCUGGAAGGGGGCCGGGCAGGGGGCAACGGGCUGCGUGGGGGCGAGGGCCCCGGGGGCAGCACGGCCUACGUAGUGUGCGGGGUCAUCAGCUUCGCCCUGGCCGUGGGCGUCGGAGCCAAAGUGGCCUUCAGCAAGGCGUCCCGUGCGCCCAGGGCGCACCGGGACAUCAACGUGCCCAGGGCGCUGGUGGACAUGCUGAGGCAUCAGGCGGGACCCGGGACCCGUCCGGACCGGGCACGCAGCAGCUCCUUGACCCCGGGGGUCGGGGGUCCCGACAGUAUGGGCCCGAGGACACCCAAGAACCUCUACAACACCAUGAAGCCCUCCAAUCUCGACUGGAGGGCCGCCCCACCGCCCAGCCCCAACUUGCAUUACUCCACGCUGUCCUGCUCUCGGUCUUUCCACAACCUCUCGCAUCUGCCCCCGUCCUAUGAGGCUGCAGUGAAAUCCGAACUCAACCGCUACUCCUCCCUCAAGAGGCUGGCCGAGAAGGACCUGGACGAGGCCUACCUGAAGCGCUGGCACCUGGGCGAGGGGCCCCGCGGGACGCUGCCCCUGCACACGCUGCGGCGCCCGGGCACCGGCGGCGGCUACCGCGCGGACGGCUGGGGCGGCCCCGAGGAGCUGGGCCUGGCGCCCGCGCCGCACCCGCGGCGGGUCAUGUCGCAGGAGCACCUGCUGGGCGACGGCGGCCGCUCGCGCUACGAGUUCACGCUGCCGCGCGCGCGCCUGGUGUCGCAGGAGCACCUGCUGCUGGCGUCCCCCGAGGCCCUGCGCCAGAGCCGCGAGCACCUGCUGUCGCCGCCGCGCAGCCCCGGGCUGCCCCCCGACGCCGCCGCCCGCGCCGGCCUGGCCGCCUCCCACUCCAACCUGCUGCUGGGCCCCGGCGGGCCCCCCACGCCGCUGCACGGGCUGCCGCCGCCCGGCCUGCACGCGCACCACCACCACCUGCACGCGGCGCAGCCCGCCUGGCUGGCGGACGCGGGCGGCGGGGGCACGCUGGCCGGCCGGCCGCCCUUCCAGCGCCAGGGCACGCUGGAGCAGCUGCAGUUCAUCCCCGGCCACCACCUGCCGCAGCACCUGCGCACCGCCAGCAAGAACGAGGUGACUGUCUGA